AUGAAGGUUCCAUGGCCAACAGCCCUCGAGGAUGGGGAGGUGCGGAUGUUCCUGGAGGAGUUCGAGGAUGUGGCGGAGCUGGCCGGAAUACCGACGGAUCGUGGCAAGUUGACGGCCCUCCGAGCGCUCCUCAGGGGCCGUGCACGGGCGUAGAGCCUCCCGGAAGAUGUACGCCAGAAAGCGAAACUCAUCAAUGUGGCACGUACCAUGGACGCAAUGACGCUAGCCGAAUUUGUGAGGCAGUUCAUCGGUCAGGAUAUUGCGGCGGUGCGAACGCAGGAAGUUCAUAAUGAU